AAUUUAGUCACCGCGCGCCGUUUACGCAGCCGUCGAGCCGUCAUUCCUCAUGCUAUGCUAGUCAGAGCCAGAAAUGAGAAAUCAGAAAUCGGAGGCAGCAGCAACAGUACAGAGUACACACAGUGCAGCAUAAUAAUAAAGUGUAUGAAAAUGUGAACAAGAGGUAUUUAAAGAACAAAAUUGUGUCAUUAAUAAAGCCCAACGCAGUGUAUUUUUAAAUAUGGAUCAGAAUGAGUUUCCACUCCAUUCAGCCACACAAUUUGGGAACCUAGAUGAAGUACAACAGUUGAUUGAAGGAGGGGCAAUAAUUGAUGAAGUGGAUUCUGAUGGUUCUACGUCACUACAUAUAGCUGCAGAGUUCAGGCGUAUAAAAGUAGCCGAAUAUUUAUUGGCACACGGCGCAGAUGUAAACGCAAUCGCAUCUUGGGGAAGGAGCCCUUUGCAUCUUGCUACGCGCAAGAAUAAUCUUGAAAUGGUUCGAUUAUUCACAGAAGCUGGAGCAAAUUUGCAGUGUUCAGAUAUCGAUGGAAAUAUGCCUAUUCAUAUUGCUGCUGAAGUAGGAUAUGUUGAAAUUGUAAAAUAUUUUUUAGAACAUGGGAUAUUUGUAGAUAUUAUAAAUGAAAUCAGCAAAAGCACGCCACUUCAUAGAGCUGCAGAUUCCGGACAUAUAAAACUAACCGAAUAUUUAUUGGCACACGGUGCAGAUGUAAACGCAAUCGAAACGUCUGAGGAGAGGAGCUGUUUAUAUUUUGCUUCGCGCAAUGGUGACCUUGAAAUGGUUCGAUUAUUCAUAGAAGCUGGAGCAAAUAAUAUGCAGUGUUCAAAUAUCUAUGGAAAUAUGCCUAUUCAUGUUGCUGCUGAAUUAGGAUAUGUAGAAAUUGUAAAAUAUUUUUUAGAAAAUGGUAUACAUGUAGAUAUUAUAAAUGAAACCAGCAAAAUGACGUCUCUCCAUAUGGCUGCAUAUUCAGGUUACAUCGAAGUAGUAGAUUAUUUACUGUUAAAUAAUGCUAACGUGCGUCUCAAAGACUGUCAGAAACGGGGUUCAAUUCAUUAUGGUGUUAUAGCAGGGAAUGUAAAAAUUGUUCAUGGCCUUAUAGAAAAAGGAGUUGAUAUGAACGCUAAAGAUAUAUUCAAGAUGACUCCUUUAGAUUUAGCUUGUAGAGAAGGGAAUUUAGAAAUUGUCCAGUUACUUUUAAAAAACGGUGCAGUGUGUAACCUACAGGAGAGAUCCCGGAAUUAUUCUCCACUUCAUUGGGCAUCAGAUACGUGUAGUCUAGAAAUUGUAAAGUAUUUUAUCACCUUAGGGGUAGACGCCAAUUUCGGUACAAUUCAAGAAUAUACUCUUCUGCAUGUAGCUGCUAAACGAGAUCACAUUACAUUGGUUAAAUAUUUGGUUGAAAUUGGUGCUGAUGUUAACAAGAAAACUAUACCCAAAGGAGCUACUCCAUUAUAUUAUGCGAUAAAAAAUAUGUGCACAGAUGUUGCAGAAUUCUUAAUUCUAAAUGGAGCUGAUCUAAAAGAAGCUGAAUAUAAAGGCAAAUCUACUUUAUCGAUAGCCUUAAAAGAUGUGUCAAGUGAUUAUCCAGAGUCAGACCAGACAGAGUAUAUGGUACUUGCAAAACUAAUAAUCAAAUACACCGUGUUAAUUUACAGUCCCAUUGAAACAUUUAUUCCGAAAGGUUGUCCUUUCUUCAAAGAAUUAUCGCAAUACUAUAACGACUGCCAAAAAGAAAUAACAAGUAUGAGCGGUGUGACAAUAAAAAAUAGUACUGUUUCAUUACAUAAAAUAAUUUGCGGCUCCAAUAAAGGCAACGCGUUUGUUCAAUAUCUAUGUAACGACAAUAUUAAAAACGAGUUGGAAAAUAUUGAAGAUUACCUUAAAGACUUUUUGAUAUAUGGUAAUAUUCUUCCGUUGGUACAACUUAGGGUUAAGAAAGGGUUUCAAAGAAUGGCAUUACUUACAGAUGCUGACUUAAUAAUGAAAAAAGUUUCACCUAAGUUACCAUCAGAAAUAAGAUGGAGAGUAUUCGACUACUUAGACAUGACUGAUCUUAAAACUGUGAUACAAUCAGAUUUUAUUUAAAUAAAAAUUAUUAUUUGUUUGUUGGGGAAUAGAUUACAGGAUCAACCCAUACGUAAAAGUAAAAUUUCUCCCUACCAGUUCAGGUUCAGCGAUGCUGUUGUUACGAGAGAGGCUUUGUUCUUAAUACAAGUCUUAUUCCAGAGAUGCAGAGACGUCAAUUGCGACGUAUACCCAUGUAUGGUUGAUUACGAGAAAGCGUUUUAUAGAAUACAGCACGCCAAGAUGAUGCAAAUACUAAAAGAAGCAGGAAUUUACAAUCAAGAUCUGAAAAUAAUUAAAUACCUUUACCGCAAAUCUCAGAAGGUAAACACACCGAAUAUGUGAAGAUCAUGCGUGGAGUAAAGUAAGGCUAUAUUUUUUAUCUCUUCUAAUUUUCAAUCUUUACUCCGAAAGAAUCGAAGCUUUGCACGAAACUGAAAAAGGUAUUAUACUAAAUUGGUACCGACUAAUUAAAAUCAGAUAUACAGAUGACACUAUAGUAUUUGUGGACAACCUAGAAGACCUACAAGUCCUUAUGGACAAAAUUACGUAUUACAGUCAACAAUAUGGACUCAAUAUAAACACCUGCAGAAAGAGUGAAGCGCUACAACUAUCUCGGCACCAUAAUAAAUGAAGAAUGGACCAACAACUAAGAGAUACACCUUUAACCAGAUAAGAGCCUUUUCAAGAGCCAUAGCGUCUCUCUUGGUAUAAAAGUAAGAAUGCUGCAAUGAUCCGUCUUCUCUGUCCUUUUUAUGGUGUUGAAUCGUGGACCUUGAACCAAAAUAUGUGCAGAAAAUUGGAAUAAUUUGGGAUGUGACCGUAUCGAAUAAUACUUAAAAUCCUGUGUACUGAAUGAGUCACAAAUGAGGAGGUCCUCGGAAGAAUGAAGAAGAACCGAGAGGUACUGACCACCAUAAAAUCUAGAAAGUUUAAUACUUCGGACACAUUAUGUGUAUGAAGAUCCCUUACGUAUAAUUACUUUUAUAAUUCGGUUAGUACUAAUUUUUUUUUAACAACCACUUAAUAUAAACAAUAUCUACUAUUUCCAGUCUUGUGCUUGCAGCCGUGACGUAGUUUUCAUUUUGUUGUUUAAAGGGUGACUUUUAUAAUAUCUUGACAGAAUGAGUAAGAUAUUAUGUAGGUUUUUUGAUCUAUGGUGUUGUAUCCCAUAUUUGGUUUUAGUCCACUCUAUGUUAUAUCAAGGAUAGUAAUUUUUUAUGUUUAUCAUUGUUUUAUAAAAAAUAAAUUCGAUAUUAAUAUAUUGAUUUGAUGGGAAUUAUCUCGACCAUUUUUAUAUGAAGUAUGAAGACUUAUAAUAGAAUAUUAUCUACAAUAAUGUAACAUAAUAACUUUAUACCAUUUAAAGAGUUUUCACCCAUAUAUUUUUAGUAGCUAAACCAUGUAGGUAUAUAUCUGAUAAUGGAAUUGUCAUUUCAAAAAUGUUCUGUGAUGUAGCCCGAAAGGGUCAUUUUAAUAAAUAUAUCUUUUAUAAA